AUGCCAUUGCCCGAAAAUUCGUUUAUCCUCACUCACACCGUCAAGAACGUCGCGGAGCUUACCAAGGAUUACGGGCCAAUCGAAACGCAUUUCGAUAUUCCGUGGUUGGUUGCUUUUUAAGUAUAACACAGAAAUUGGCGUUUGCAGGAAAUUGAAAGCGGAACAAAAUAAUGAUAACCUUGCGCUCUUCUUGCUCUGUUCUUUCGAAAAUUGUUCAAAUAUGUGGAGUGUAUCCGCCGCAUUUAACUUCAAACUGAAAUCGAAGGCGGGCGAAGAGAUUGAAGAAGGCGACGAGGAUCCGUCCAAGUACACGCGCGACCUCACUUCCUGGGGCUACUGCGAAGUGAUCAAGUGGCCGAGACUCGUCGAGGAAUUCGUCGUCGACAAUCAGCUGACGUUCGAGUGCCACGUCACCAUCAAGGACAUCGUGGGGAUCAGUCGAAAGCGGAAGAUGGAUUGGGAGGCGCCGGAGGAGAGAAUGACCGAUUUGGUGAUGGUUGUGGGCAAGGAGAAGACCAAAUUCCAUGUUCACAGAGUGGUUAGUUCUGAGGGAGAGCUCAUAGAAAACCAAAGAUAGUAAACGAGAAGAGAUCCGAGUAUUUUCAAAUUUCGUUGUUUUUUAGGUGCUCGCCACCUUCUCGCCUGUCUUCAAAGCAAUGUUCGCCAAUCCUCAGUACCGAGAGUCCAGUGACAAAGAGGUUGUUCUUGAAGACGUCAAUCCAGACGCAUUCAAAGUUCUUUGCAACUUUAUUCAUCGAUAUGACACUGACCUCACAGGUAAUACAGUGCCUUUAUAGUGCUUUUCUAAAAUACACGUUUCGGACAAGAACGUCGAACAAGUUCUGGUGGUUGCCGAUCGUUACGACGUGAAUGCGAUGACCAAGAAGUGCGAGAAGCACCUGAUGAAAAAGUCGAAGCUCAGAAUGGAAAAGAAGUUGAAAUUGGCGGAAUCCUACCAGCUCGUGAAUCUUCACGACCACUGCCUGAUGUCUUUGAAGACGGCGAAGCAGAUUGCAGAUGUCUGCAAGAAUAUCGCGGAUAUGGGAGAACUCACUUCGAAGGCGCUUCUCCAAAAGAUGGCCGAUAUCGCACGGAAUCCCAGCCCUCCAAUAAAAUUGGCGCAAUGCGUCAAACAAUAA